AUGGUAGCGGCCGCUGGAGAAAUGAGCGGAACAGCUUCCGCGGAAGUGUCAAAGAGCAAGGAUGGAGUGCCGCAGUGGAAUGGAAGCCAAGGGGGCUUCCAAGAAUACUAUGAGAUGUGUCUCCUAUGGGAGGCCACCACGCCUUGGCACAAGAGAUACAUGAAUGGGCCUCGACUGGCUUCGGAACUGCAGGGAUCGGCGAAACGUCUCAUCCUAGGCAAGGACCCACAGUGGCUGGCGCACAGUACUGGGACCCAAGUGCUCUUGGAUCACCUGAGGGCAUGCUUGGGGCGUCCGCAGCUCAGCGAGCUGUCGGAUUACCUGCAGAGGUACUUCCGCCAGAGCCGUCGCAAGGCGGGAGAGACCAUGGGGGAGUAUGUCACCAGGAAGUGUGAGACGUAUCUACGAGCCAAGCAGGCUUACCAUCGAGUGCGCCCACAUCACCAAGGCGCCACCGCCGGAGGCGAUCGACCUCGCGGCACCGAGAAUCCAUCCUGGAACCGAGGACGACGAGACAGUUACGGAUCCGAGAUGUCUUCACAGGCAGCGGCUCCCGUGAGUGAGCCGGGCGCAGGCGACCAAGGAGAUGAAGAUCAGUCCGAGUCGGGGAAUCAGCGAGAUUCUGAGGCUUGGAACGCCUGGUCCAAUUACCAGGAGUGGAACACCUCCUGGAAUGCCGGAUGGGGAUAUCAGUGGAAUCCAACGUCGUGGUGGAGCUCAGGUUCGUGGCCUAGCACGCAGUAUCCCGCCUUCAAUGAGCGAUUGGAGGAGCUGCUACCGGACUACAUCCAAGGGUGGCUGUUGCUACAAGACGCGGGACUGGAUGCUGAGCAGAGGAACUUGAUCACCACGGCAGUGAGAGGGGACUACUCCCUGCAGAGGAUCGCCCAGGAGUUGAGAAAUCAGUGGUCCGAACAGGACCUCCGGCGACGAGACAAUUCGACCAAGGGCAGCGGCUUCUGGGGCGAACUACAAGAGGGAGAGUCCGACGAGGACGACCAGACCGAAGAGUAUGAUGAGGACAGUUUGAUCGCAAGCGGGAUGAAUGAAGAAGGUCUCUGGGCCUUCCAGGAGGCCAAUCACGAGGCCCAAGAGGCCCUGGCGAUCCUCCAAGGAGCGCGGAAGACGCUCCGGGAGGCCAGAGCCAAGCAGAAGUUCGUGAAGAUGUCCCGACAGUACUACGGCAAGAAUUCGACCGGAAAGGGCAAAAGCGCUGGAAAAGGGCGCGAUGAUAGCAACAUGACUUGCUUGGCAUGCGGAAAAGUCGGCCACAGAGCCGCCAAUUGCCCCGAUCCACCGGCUAGCAAGACAACGGCCAAGGGCGAGCACGCCCCCUUCGUGUGCUACAGCGACGAGCCCGUGGUCCAGGAGGAUGCGCUUCUGGCAGGGGCUCCCACUACGGAGGAGGCCGUACGCCGCGGCAUGGCCGUGGUAGACGGCGGGGCAACAAAGACUGUUGCUUCGGUACAGGCGGUGGAGUGCUUGAUGAAGAUGAACCAGAAGGUCAAGGGCUAUGAUGGAAUCGCAAAAGUCGAUGUGGACAACCGCCCGGUGUUUGCCUUUGGAAAUAGCAGUGCUAACCAGUGCAUUUCCACAACACAGAUGAACAUCGAAGCCGACGGAAAGCCAGGACUGUUGAACAUCCACACCAUCUCCCAAGGCCAUGGUCCGAUUUUGUUCUCAGUGGCAACAUUGCGAAGUUUGGGAGCCAUUGUGGAUUUCAGUAGCGAUGCUGUGCCAGGAUUGAAGGACUUCCUCAAAGAAGAGGACCAGUGUGAUUCAGGGAACCGGGUAGACAGUAGCGACGCCCAGGCCACAACCCAGGGCAGCAUUCCUCUCGCGACAAACUUGAUUGCCGACCUCUCCUUGCUAGCAGCCCUAGCUCCGAUCGACAUGGCGCUCUCCAAGUUGACCAAGCCGGAGCUCACGCGCAAGAUCCAGGAGUACGGCGAGACGCCGCCGACCAAGUGGAACAAGACCGAGUUGGUGGCUCGUCUCGAGGAGCUCAUGAAAAUCCGCGGCGAGGACUCGCCGUCCAUUCUGAAGCUCCAGUCCAAGACGCCCCUGAAGGUGAAGAUCACGGAAUUGAACAAAGCCCGCAAGAAGCGAAGCGACCUGGCGGACUACUUGGUCACCAACUUGGGCCUCAUGGUGAGUCCCAACGAGACGGUGGAUCAGAUGGCGACCCGCGGAGUACACGAGAUCUAUCGCCAAGUGGAAGCCACCAGCCGCGAUGUGGUCGGCUUCGGCCGUCACAGCCAGAUCACCUACGGCGAGCUGUUGAACAACUACCCGUCGUAUGUGGACUGGGUUCGCAAAACAGCGGUGGAAGCAGACGAUCCAGACCCUCGCCUCAUUCGCUUGGCAGCAUGGCUAUCCCAGGCCACGGAUGUGAAGAUGACGGCGACGGAGGCUCCACCCAAGAAGGGCUACCACUUGGACGAACCGGCGCCCGAGGCUGCCGCUACGGGGAGCCCACCUGCAGGUGCUGCCACCAGCAGCGGGACCUCGAGCCACGACAUGAUGAUCAAGGAGUUGAUGGAGAGCCAGCAGCAGAUGAUCCAGCAGCUGGUCAAGACCGUGAGCACCUUGCAAGAGGAGGUUCGCGACAUGAAGGAGGAGAAGCCGCGCAAGAAGAUGAACCCUAGCCAGCUGGGGGGCCGCACCGAGGUUCAGAGGACUGAAGAGGGUCAUAAGCUUAGUCUUGGGAAGGCUAGGAGUUUAGAACGCCAGGCUUGGGAUGGAAUUCCUCAGGUGUUUGAGGCCUUAAGUCGGGAUAGGCGACCCGUGCUGCUGGAGGUGUCCGGUAGUUCAUCUAGUCUUCUGUCCUCUGCGGUUCGAGAUAUAGUGGGAACAGAUCAGGCGGCCAGCCAGUGUUCAUUAUGGAACGCGGGCGACCUGCGCACCAGUGCAGGAGUACGGCUCAUCAUCGAUCGGCUUCAUCUUGAAAAUCCGCAGAACGUUUGGAUGACUCCACCAGCUUCCGCAUUCUCACCUUAUCAGAACACUAGAGCCCAGAACCCCAAACAACAACAGGCCCUGCAAGAGAAGCGCCAGCAGGACAUCCGGGCGUUUGUCGGAGCCAGUUGUGUGUUUCAUGAGUGCAUGCGCUUGGGGAUCCAUGCGACGGUUGCGCUUCCAGCCCAUUCGCAUGCUUGGAGACUUCCGGUGUUUCAGAAAUUGAAGGGUCACUUUGGGCUUUAUUCGGCGGUGUCUAAUGGGUGUAGGCUGAACCUGAGGGAUGAUAAAGGACGCGUGAUUAAGCAAGGGUGGCAAAUUCUCACGAGCCACGCAAGGUUAUCCCAGAAACUGGAGCUUCCAUGUCGAUGUGCCCCUCAAACUAGGCAUGGACAAGUGCAAUCUACAGGCGACACGGUAGGACACACGCCGUACACACGAGAAUAUGUGAAAGUAGCGGCGGAAGUCCUGUGCCAGGAACUUAGUCACCACGGGCUGUUGGAGGAAUGCCAAGGGAAGUCACAACUGCCGAUUUUGUUCGGCCAAGCUACCGAAUGCGCCUGUGAGGUGCACAAGUUGCCUGGCUACCAGCCCACAUGUGGGAAAUGUUUGGGGUCUUCGGAAGGGGACCUUCAGGGCUCUUCGGACGGGGAUGCCAAGGGUUGGUCUGAAGAAGGCGAUUGGUCCCAGGAACUCGCUAGGACUUGUGAAGAUGAGGCUCAAAGGCUCUUGUGUAAAAACCCCGUGACGUACCAGGAUAUCGAGCAGUUCCUUCCCCGCCUGGACAAGCUUCCCUUGAGCCACCGAAGAUUCCUAAGAGGUUCCGAGGCCCGAAGCGUCGUGCUAGGUAUGUACUCGUACGGGGCUCAACAAGGCCUGACCAACAUGUCCCGCAAACUUCCCGAAACGAGUAGGCUCCUGAACAAGUUCCUCCAACAACACGUGCCACCGGGCACGACGUGGAAUGCGUGUGUGAUAAAUCGAAACGCUCAUGCUCCUGUGCACCGAGACCUCCUCAAUAGUCCUGAGAGCAAGAACUGGGUUUGCGGGUUUGGGAGCUACGAAGACGGAGAGUUAUGGGAAGAAACUCCCAAAGAUUAUGCCGGUCCGGGCGCCCUGAAGCAGGAGCGCGACGACGGCUCUACGCUUCAGGGAAGAGUGGUGCCGAUACGACACCGAGUUCACUCGUUUCCACCGCAGGCCUGGCACGGGACUUGCCCGUGGAAGGGCGACCGAGUGACAGUCACGUGGUACAGUAGUAGGAAGGAAGAGUGUUUGAGCCAGAAAGAGAGAGGAGAGCUGAGAGAGCUAGGGUUCAACAUGAAACCGGCGCCCAGGAAGGAGCAAGCACAGGCGGCACAGGACAUCCCUCCAGGAACCACUCGCCACGACCACCAGGAGGAAGAAAGGAUCAAGCGAAAACUGUAUCUCCUCCACUCGGCAACGGGGCACAGCAGCACAAAGCAUUUAGUGGAAGCACUGCGUAGGAGGGGAGCGAACGAGAGAGUGUUGCAACUGGCGCGGGAGUUCAAGUGUUCGGUGUGCUUAGAGAAACAAAGAGUUGGCAGUAGGCCAGUGGCGACUCUUGAACCCCUGCCUCCGAAACUGAGCACGGUGUCGGCGGAUGUUGGACACUGGACUCACCCCAAAACCAAGGAAGUGUCCCAAUUCCUGAUGAUCAUCGAUGAGGGUUCUAGGUUCAGGGUGUCCAGGGUGUUGACGAAAGGUUCAAAGCAAACCCCCAAUGCCGCCUCGUGCCUGGAGUACUUCCAAGAAGGUUGGGGUCAGUACUUUGGGUUUCCCAGGGUCCUGAGACUUGAUCCGGCGGGACCGUUUAGGAGUCAUGCUUUGGAGCACUUUUGCGACAAGCAGGGGAUUCAUUUGGAAUUGGUGCCCGGGGAGGCACAUCACCAGAUAGGAGUGUGUGAACAGGCGGUUCAAGGGAUCAAGGAAGUGAUGAGUAAGAUUUGUGCUAGGGAUCCUGAUACCACGACGGAAGAGGCGUUGUCCUUAGGCGUGAGCGUGUUCAAUCAAAGGGAGAUGAUUCGGGGCUUCUCACCCGCGCAGCACAUUUUGGGCCAAAGCCCAGACUCCACAGGACGACUCGUGGGCAAUGAACUGCCUCCAGACCUCUUGAUAGAGAAUGCCGCGGGAGAGUUUCAACGAAGUCAGGCUCGCAGGGCGGAAGCCGAAAAGGCACUUGUGGAUUGGGUCACACAGCAGCGUGUGGUCAGGGCCCAGAAUUCCCGGAGCAAACCUGCUUACGAUUACGAACCAGGGGAACUAGUAUAUUUCUGGCGCGUGCAGAGCAGUGGACAGGGUCGCAGGCAGCCGGGGAGCAAGCAUGGUUCCUUCCUAGGCCCUGCUCGGGUCUUGGCGACGGAAUCACGGAGAGAUGCCUCAGGCAACCUGAGGCCCGGCAGCGCGAUCUGGUGUGUCCGAGGCCGGAGCCUCAUAAAAUGUGCACCGGAACAGCUCAGGAGGGCUUCCCCACGAGAGGAGCUCGUGGAAUCCCUGAUGGAAGGACGCCAGGCCACUCCGUGGACGUUCACAAGGGUUGCCGAAGAGAUCGGAGGCAGCCAAUAUCAGGACAUAUCCUCGGAGCGCCCUUCGGAAGCCGAGUGGCGUCGUGCCCAAGACUUGGAGGAGGAAGCUCCCCCCACACGCUAUCGAGCGCGUCGGAAGCGUGCCGAGCCAGAGCCAGCAGAGGAUAUGGAAGAUGACCAGGAGGACACCCCAUCACAACCCAGCAGACCAUUCGCCAUGCGGCGAGGAGCCCAAAAUCAGGGUUCCCACGUCGGAGGUCCCAUCGGAUCCAAGUGGUGGGAAGAGGUCUCCGAAACUGCGUGGUCGGCCGAGGAGGCCACCUACUGGGCGCAGGACAGCGCCGCCGUGGAGAUCAGCAUUGACCUUCCAGAGAACGAGAAAGGCUGGCAAGCAGCAACCCGGAACUUGCAGAACUACUUCGUGGGCGAGCUCAAGCGAAAGGCCGUGGAGGUCUCGGAGAAACACUUGAAUGAGGCUGAACGAGCCGCCUUCAAGGAGGCCAAGCAUAUCGAAGUUCGCAACUUUAUUGCUUCAGAGGCGUUCGAGACACUCCCGGACAAUCUUAAACCAUCUCGCGAGCAGGCGAUUGGUAUGAGAUGGAUCUUGACGUGGAAGGUUCGCGAAGACGGCUCAUCCAAAGCAAAGGCCAGAGCAGUUUUGUUAGGGUAUCAAGACCCGGGAUAUGAACAUCGGCAAACUACGGCACCUGUUAUGUCUAGACAGACCAGACAACUUUUCUUGCAACUAGCGGCGAAUAAACAGUGGGAUGUCUUUAAAGGAGAUGUAUCUGGAGCUUUCUUGCAGGGACGAGAGUACCCAACAAAGCUAUUCUGCGUGCCUUGCGAUGAGAUUUGCGAUGCCAUGAACAUUCCUCGUGGCAGUAUUACUCGCCUGAAGAGAGCUUGUUACGGAUUGGUGGAUGCGCCAUUGGAGUGGUACCGUACAGUAUCAGAGUUUUUAUCUUCCCUCGGGUUAGAAAGACUUUGGUCAGAUGCUUGCGCCUGGGUCUGGCGAAAGGAAGGGAAAGUCCGAGGAAUGGUGUGUGGCCAUGUGGACGACUUCUUGUUUGGAGGCAAGUCCGAGGACACCGAGUGGCAGCAGAUCAUCUCACAAAUCCAACAGCGGUUUAAGUGGGGUGACUGGGAUAAGAAUAGUUUUACUCAAUGUGGUGUGCAAAUCACAAAGACGGCCACCGGCUUUGAAUUAUCUCAGCCGAGCUAUCUGGACGGCAUGUCAGAGAUCUCCUUGAGUGCUUCGCGAAGAAAAGAGAGCUGCGCGGCGACAACAGACAGAGAGAAGAGUAAGUUGAGAGCCUUACUGGGAGGCUUGAGCUGGCACGCCCAGCAAGUGGCACCACACACCGCGGCUGAGGUGUCAUUACUGCUGAGCGAGGUGAAUCAGAGCACGGUCCAGACCAUCACUAAGGCUAAUCGGCUGUUCUGGAACACCAAGGCCCGAAAGGACCAUCGGAUGCUGAUACAUGCCUUUGCCGAGGACGAACCAGUGGCCCUGUACGCAUGGGUCGACGCAGCGACGGACAACCGUCCGGACCAGGGCAGUACACAGGGUAUCUUUGUGGGAAUGGGCCCAGAGAGUUUGCUUCAGGGAAACCUUGGGGGUAUUUCUCCGGUGGCUUGGCAUUCCUCUAAGAUAGAUCGUAUUUGCCGGAGUCCCGGCGCAGCUGAGACUCAGGCGGCAGUGAACGGAGAGGACGCUUUGUUCUUUGCAAGGUUCCAGUGGAGUGAGAUGCUCUACGGGAUCUCGGACUUAAGAGAACAUGAAGCUGUGGCUCGACGAGUGACGGGCUGCUUAAUCACGGACUCAAGGAACGUCUACGACAAGUUGGCUACAGAGGUUGUGGUGAUCAAGGGCAAGGAAAAACGAUCAAAUAUAGAACUCUUGAGUAUUAAGCAAUCUCAGAUGGCUACCAAUCUUCAUGUACGAUGGGUUCAUUCCGAAGCACAGCUGGCGAACGCGCUUACAAAAGUGGGCAAUGCCAGAGAACUGGAAUUAUACUACCGUAUGUCACACCAUUGGAAGAUUGUCGAGGACGACUUCAUGCGGUCGGCCAGAAAGCGACGCGAGCAAGGAAUCCCACCGUUGGAGGGACAAUCGGGAGAUGUGAAAUCAUAA